AAAGAAAAUAUUUUUGAUUCAAAUUGGGAUAAUCAACAAAAAACUAAAAAUUAUUCUACAUGGUCGAUAAAUAAUAAAGAAGAAUUCUUUGAAACUCCCUUACUCAUUAUCGAUCAUGAAGAACAAUUAUUUGAAGAAAUAAAAAUUUGUGAAUAUAUAUUAUUUACAAGUUAUGAAAAAUUUAAAAACUAUUUAAUUAAAGAAAAAAUUAUAAAUCUAUCUCUCAAGAUUUAUGAAAAUACAAAAAAUAAAAGAUUGAAUAGUCUUUUAUCUUGGAUUGAAUUUCAUAUUAGAUCAACUUUUUAUGGAUAG